AUGGACGUCCAAACGGUCACCUUCAAGCCGUUCACCGACCAAAAGCCUGGAACCUCCGGCUUGAGGAAAAAGGUCGUCGUUUUCCAACAACCCCACUACAGCGAGUCGUUUGUCACAAGCAUCCUCCUGUCAAUUCCAGAAGGUGUCGAGGGAAGCUUCUUGGUCAUUGGUGGUGAUGGGCGAUACUGGAACCCCGAGGUCGUCCAAUUGAUUGCCAAGAUUGGAGCUGCCUACGGCGUGAAGAAGCUUCUCAUCGGCCAGCAUGGCAUCUUGAGCACUCCUGCAGCUAGUCAUGUUAUCAGGAAGCGCAAGGCUACUGGUGGUAUUCUCUUGACAGCGAGUCACAAUGCUGGAGGUCCCAAAAACGAUUUCGGUAUCAAGUACAACCUUGCGAAUGGUGGGCCAGCUCCGGAGUCCGUCACGAACAAAAUCUUCGCAACUUCCAAGGCCCUGACUUCCUACAAACUGGCGGAUAUCCCAGAAGUCGACAUCUCUACAAUUGGCACAAAGACAUACGGCGACCUUGAGGUUGAGAUCAUCGAUUCGACUGCGGACUAUGUUGAGAUGUUGAAGGAUAUCUUUGACUUCCCCUUGAUCAAGAAAUUCUUCCAGACACAUCCCGAUUUCAAGGUCCUCUUCGAUGCUCUCCAUGGCGUUACUGGCCCAUACGGAAAGGCAAUCUUCGAGCACGAACUUGGCCUUUCCAGCUCCAGUACUCAGAACUGCAUUCCCUCACCAGAUUUCAAUGGAGGCCACCCAGAUCCUAAUCUCACUUACGCACACUCUUUAGUUGAGGCCGUUGACAAGGGAAAGAUACAUUUUGGAGCAGCCAGUGACGGAGAUGGAGACCGCAACAUGAUUUACGGAGCCAAUGCAUUCGUUUCUCCUGGUGACAGUCUCGCCAUCAUUGCUCAUCACGCCCAGCUCAUUCCUUACUUCAAGAAGCAGGGUGUUUAUGGACUGGCCCGCAGCAUGCCUACUUGCGGCGCCGUUGAUCUUGUUGCUAAAGCUCAAGGACUGAACUGUUAUGAAGUUCCCACUGGAUGGAAGUUUUUCUGCGCUCUCUUUGACGCCGACAAACUUUCCAUCUGUGGCGAGGAGUCCUUUGGUACUGGUAGCAACCACAUUCGAGAGAAAGACGGCUUGUGGGCUGUUGUUGCGUGGUUGAACAUCAUUGCUGGCAUUGGCGAAGCUCAGCCAGAUGUUACACCGAGCAUUGCCAAGAUUCAACAUGACUUCUGGACCAUUUAUGGACGCACUUUCUUCACGAGAUACGAUUAUGAGAACGUCAGCAGCGAGGGUGCAGCAGAGGUUGUGAAGGACCUGACCGCAAAGAUUGCGGACAAGUCAUUCAUUGGCUCCAAGAUUGGUGAUCGCACAGUGGCUGAUGCAGGCGACUUCUCGUACACUGAUCUGGACGGCAGCGUUUCUCCAAACCAAGGUCUUUACAUCAAGUUCUCCGAUGGAUCUCGUAUCGUCGUUCGACUUUCUGGAACUGGCAGCUCAGGAGCGACUAUCCGGUUGUAUGUCGAGAAGCAUACCAGUGACGCGAAGACGUACGGUAUGGACGCCCAGGACUUCUUGAAGCCAGAUAUCGAGCUUGCUACCGAGCUUCUGAAGUUUCAGGAACACAUUGGACGAACAGAACCAGACGUUAAGACAUAA